AGUUCUCGGGCCCUGACCAUGUGUUGGUACCACUGUCAAAAUGUUUGCGGCUUCAAAAUCAGCUGUUUUCCAAGUAUUGCGGUGCAGUGUAUGUGUUUUCAAAGAAGUUAAGUUCAAGAAAAUAAGUACGAUGAAUAACUGGCAAGCAGAAAUGGAAAAGUUUCUUUCUAUGGACAUUAACAAGAAACGAGAUUUAUGUAAAAAGUAUGAGACUUUGGAUAAUAUACCAACUUGGAAACAGUAUGCAUCAGGUAAUUCCCUUUUACGAAAAAUAGAAGCAAAACAGGGUUACGAAAUAGACUCCUCGAAAAACGCCAUUGUGGCCGAUAAGAUAUCUGUUUUCUCCGGAGAUAUCACCACAUUAGAGGUUGAUGCAAUAGUCAAUGCAGCAAAUUCAAGUCUUAUGGGUGGAGGUGGAGUAGACGGUUGUAUCCACAAAGCUGCAGGUCCAAAUCUCUUGGCAGAAUGUAAAACAUUAGGUGGUUGUCCCACUGGGCAAGCUAAAAUCACUGGAGGGUACAAAUUGCCUGCAAAAUAUGUGAUACAUACAGUAGGCCCCCAAGGAGAAAAAGAAAAUCUGCUAAGAAACUGUUAUCAGAACAGCUUGCAAAUAAUGCUAGACAAAAAACUGGAAUCUAUAGCUUUCCCUUGUAUUUCCACAGGGAUUUAUGGAUACCCUAAUGAGUCAGCUGCUCACGUAGCUCUAUACACAGUACGUAAAUUCUUAGAAACCAAUAGUGAUAAAGUAAACCGAGUGAUAUUUUGCUUAUUCUUAAAAAUUGAUCAAAAUAUCUACGAAGGAUUGCUUCAGUCGUAUUUCCCUUUGAAAUAAGGUGAUAGUUUUUGUUUCUUUUGUACUUUAAUUUCAUGACAUGUAUAAAAUUUUUAGUUUAAAAUUAGUUUUAAUAUGUAAGGAAUGCAAUCUCAUUGUUAUUUUGGUGAUUCAAUAAAAAAUAAUAUUUAGA